AUGGACGCCCAUGUUACCUCUUCACAAACCUACAUUGAUGAAUUUAACCCCCAGGAAUACUUACAGACAUUCUUUGUGCCAGAGGAAGGAGUUCUUUUUGGAGAAUGGACCGAUUUUGCAUUACAAAAUCUACAUGAAACCUUCACUAAAGGUGGAGUAAGAGGAGAAACCCUGCUUGAUUUUGGCACUGGAGCCACCAUUUAUCAACUCCUCUCAGCCUGUGAAGUGUUUGAUAAAAUCAUUGCCUCAGAUUUCCUUGAACAGAACCACGCUGAAUUUCAAAAAUGGCUGAACAAGGAUCCAGAUGCUUUUAACUGGACUCACAUCAUCAAAUGUGUAUGUGAACUGGAAGGAAAUAGGGAGGAUUUCGAGAAAAAGGCUGAGAAACUCCGCUGUAAGGUGAAAGAAAUCCUGAAAUGUGACGCUUUCAAAAGAAACCCUUAUGACCCUGUCAUUGUGCCACCGGUUGAUUGUCUCCUGUCUUGCUUCUGUCUUGAAGCUCCUUGUAAAGACAUAAAGUCAUACUGUAAUGUUCUGAAAAAUUUCAAGGACUUGAUAAAACCCGGAGGUCACCUUUUGAUCUUAAGUGGACUGAAUGCUACUUAUUAUCACGCUGGUAAAAAGCGCUUUAGUAUAAUGAGCUCAAAAAAAGAAGAGCUGGAGAUGGCGUUUAAAGAAGCUGGUUAUAUUAUUGAAAAAGCUGCUUAUACCUCACGUAUUGAUAAAUCAAGGAUAGAUGUUGCUGAUUAUGAAGGUUACUAUUUUAUUCAUGCCCAUAAACCAAAGUAA